AUGACAAAGAGACAGUCUGUCGAGGCGCUAGACAAUAGUCUUCGUGAUAUAAUGGACCAACCAGAGCUGCCGUUCGGAGGGAAGACCAUGGUGUUCGGUGGAGAUUUUAGACAGGUUCUUCCAGUUGUUCGGAGAGGGUCAAGGGCUCAGGCGGUCGGUGCCUCACUGCGUAUGUCGUACCUCUGGGAUUUCAUGCGACAUAUAAAAUUGGUGCGCAACAUGAGGGCAAAGAGCGACCCGUGGUUUGCAGAAUACUUGUUGCGCGUUGGCGGAGGUUCGGAGGAGGCGACUGUUGAUGAUGAAAUCCGUCUUCCUCAUGAAAUAUGCAUACCACACACCGAGAAAGAUUGUGAUCUUGAUACUCUAAUUGAUUGCAUAUUCCCUAACCUCAAUGCAAAUAUGUCAAGCAAAGAAUAUAUCACCUCUCGAGCGAUAUUAUCUACAAGGAAUGACUGGGUUGAUAUGAUUAAUAUAAAGAUGAUAGGUCAUUUCUAUGGGGAUGAAAUGGUGUACCAUAGCUUUGACCAUGCGGUGGAUGAUCCGCACAACUACUACCCUGAGGACUUCCUUAACACUUUGACCCCCAAUGGGCUACCUCCACAUGUGUUGAGGCUAAAGUUUAAGCGAAAGCAGUUCCCUAUUCGGCUCAGCUUCGCCAUGACCGUUAACAAGGCACAGGGGCAAACUAUCCCUAAUGUCGGGGUAUACUUGCCAAAACCAGUAUUCUCGCACGGUCAAUUGUACGUGGCACUAUCAAGAGCUACGGCAAGAUCGAGCAUUAGGGUCCUAGCUAUGCCGUCUGCUGAGAAGGAUGUGAAGAAAGGAAAUAAAAAGAUCACAAUACAAAAUGUUCUAAGAGAAAAUGAUGGUGGCAGAAUGUCAGAGCAAGGCAAAGUAAAGGAGCACUACUUUGGGAGAUACGCCGACUGA